AUGAAGCUGCAACCAUCAUUCAGAGACAGUGAAAAAGCCGGGAAUCUCAUGCACUCUAUUAAAACUUUGAUAUCUAAAUUAGUUCCAUCCCGACGAGACCCCUGGCCAACACCAUCCAAGCAGCAAUCAUACUCUUUGCUUGGCCAUAGAAAAAUCAACUAUGUGGUCUCAGGAGACAGCAUGAAGAUUAUUGUACUCUUGCCUACUCCAAAGCCCGUGAAUUGCCUUCCGUGGUCUAGCACACGAAAUUUCUUGGCCAAUGUAAUCGCUUUCGAUCCAAACCAAUGCCGAUUUGCCCUCCUAACCGAUCGAAAGUGGCGGGUUAAUGCUAGUCAAGUUAUGUCUGUUUCUUGCUCAACCGAAACAGCUCAAGAAAUAAGUGUCCUUGAUCUCACGUUGAUCUCAGUCUUACUGGAUCAAUCCAAGCAACCUCCCAUCUUGGUGGAUUCAUAG